CUGGGUCGAGUGUGUGUUUUCCUGAAGAGACUCGGGAAGAAAGGCGACAGCAGGAGCCUCAGUUUGGCUCACUGUGAUCUGACGGCUACAGACCUGCUGGAGCUUGCAACGUUGCUGCAGUUCCUCCCCCAGGUGGAAGAGAUGGACAUCUCCUGGAACGAGUUGAUCGGUGGAUCCCUGACGGCUCUGACGUCUCAUCUGCAACACGUGGGCGAGGUCAGGACGCUGAGGCUCUGCAGCUGCAGGCUAAAUAGCGAAGACGUUGUUGCUCUUGGUGAAGCUCUCAGCCACAUCCCUGCUCUGGAAGUUCUUGAUUUGUCCUGGAACAGCGGCGUUGGGGCGGUGGUCUACAAGCUCACACAGGAAGUGGACACUGGUGGCUUCAGGGAAUUGGUCAGCUCUCUCUCUCACGCCACCUCCUCACCACGCUUCGACUGCAGGUGGUUCACUCCGUUGCCUCCCUCUGUGGGAGAGCUGGACCUGUCCUGUAACAAACUUCUAGCUGGUGGACUGAGCCGCCUCACCUUUCACCUGGCUCACGUCACACACCUGGAGAGACUCGACCUCCACCUGUGUUGCCUCAUGCGAGAUGAUCUAGAGGCUCUGAUCCAGGUGCUGCCCUCUCUCACUGCACUGACGGAGCUUGAUGUGUCAUCCAAUAAGGAAGUGGGAGGUGUGGUCCACCCGCUGGUCUCCGCCCUCCCUGUGACACAAAUGAGGCGGCUGCCAUUCAACAGCUGCUACCUGAGCAACGAGUCCUGGCCUGAAAUGGUGAAAACUUUGUGUUUAUGCAUCAGCCCUGGCGGUGCCUAUCUGCGCACGGUGGAUAUUUCCUGGUGUAAAGUGGUUGGCGGUCACUUGGCGCUCCUGCUGGAUGCUCUGCAGCCAUCAGUCGUCAGCGAGCUCCAUCUUUGCAGCUGCGAGUUCACCACUGAUGACAUGCAACAUCUGGACAAAGUGAUCAGUUAUCAAUGGGUCCUCUUCCUCUGUGCAGCUGCCGUGUGCAGACGGGGCUGUCUCUCCUCACUUCGUGCACUGGAUCUGUCCUACAACAGCUUGGUCGGAGACGACGGUUGGUGCAGUCUGUUUGCAGCAGGUGGUCUGGGCUCUCUGGAAGACGUGGAUGUCAGUUUGCGACCUUUAACCUCUGCUCCGUGCUCAGCCUGGCUGCCCGCUCUGCUCCAAGCUCUGCCUCAAAUGCCGGCGCUGGCUCGACUGGCCAUGCAGAGGUGGACAGCUGACUGUCAGGAGAGAGAGCAGCUGAGGUACUGUCUGAAGAAGAGGAGCGUCCUGCUGGAAUGGGAUCCAGAUUUACAAGACACAUCAUCAGCAUGUAAAGGGAACAGUCAGGAGAGCCUAGAAGAGAGUCAGCCUGAGGAGUAGGGAGCAGAAAGCCUGAGUUAUCCGAUCUCAAAUUAAAAAUCAUCACAGAGAGAUUUCAAAAGAGCACUAGGGAAGAAAAACGCAAUCAGCUCUGAAAAACCUUCUGAUUACAAGUAAAUUUGUCCAAACAUUUGUACACUGUGUUUACAGUAUCGUUUAAUACUCUUCUUUUGUUCUUGAGCAUGUUUGGAGUCUUUAUUCCGCGGGGUUUAUCCCUGUGUCUGUUUCCCUCUUUAGUUUGAUAUUCGCACCGGAU